CCCGCCCGAACCUCCACGUUGGUGGUUGUUGCCUGAUGUCAAGAAAAAGGAAAAACCCCAACUUCCUCCUCUUACCGGCUCAAAAACUCAAACAGAAGCCUCUUGUCGCCUCAGUCAUCAGCUGUGAGAGCUACAUGCACAUUAACCAUAACGAGAAGAGGUUCAGACAGCGCAGCGAAGAGGCGGCUGAAGGUAAGUUUAUCUGGCUUUACUUGUUUGUUAAAGUUCAGGAAGGAGCGACUUGUUUUAAUGUGGCUACUCGCUAACACUGCUGCCCUGAUUUCUCUGUGAAAAGAAGUUAAAACCGCCAGAGUUUUACGGUUUCAGUCGGAAAAAACGACACAUUUACCCCUCCGUGUUUAUGCAGAAUUUACGUUGGUGUUCAUUUUGCUGAGGGCAAAAAUAAGGGUGGGCAGAAGGGACAAAUGACCGAUGAUUUGCAGCCACCAAAUCAGGGGUUUCAAUGUCGAAAAUGUUGGCAUAAACUGCUUUGUUUUCUAUAAUAGUUUAGUAAUGCAAUCAAGCGAUUAAUUAUAGUUAAGUAAUUUAAUUUACUGAGCUGUAACCAGUUUAAUUAAUAAUCUGCUGAUAAACUAACAGUUUAAGUUGUUCAUGAAAGAGAUAAUCAGAUUUUUCACUCAAGCAAAGGGAGCAAAUACUACAGCACUGCAAUGUGGUGUAAAUAAAAGCAGCUGUAUAUACAACUACUAAAAGAACCCAUUAUAAGAAAUCAAAUUUUAUACUUUCUCCUCAAAAGAUGUUAUUGUUGAUACAUUUAUGGGCACAGUAUGUUGAUUUCCACCUCGCAGCUUGUGUAUUGUCCAAAAAAAUCCAAAUAAGGUGACAAUGAUAAUUUUAAUUUUAAAUAAAUCAUUGCAGUUUUUCAGCUGAUCAUGUUCAGUUAAGUACAAUUAAGCAUUAGUUACUAUUAGAUAUGAUUUUAGAAAUGAGUGACAGAUUGAUUUUAGGUAUAAUAAGGUGUAAGCCUUAAAAAAAUGGAAGCAAAUGACAUGCUAAUACAAAGGAUUUUAUAUUAAGUAAUUAAUGCAAGUUGUGUAUUUUUAUUAUAAUCAAUUUAGGCUCAAAUUUCUUUGAAAAGCAGUCGAUAAAAUAUGAAAAACUUUAAAUGAUCUGCUUUUUUUUAAACAGACUCACAGAUAUGCACCUUACUAUCAUUUAUGACAGAGAAAAGCAAUGAGAUUUUUAUAUUUAAGACAGUAAAAAAACAAAAAAAAAGUCAUUUUUGUGUCUGAAAUGAUUAAUUGUUUUUUAUUCUGUUGCAGGAUAUCAAAUGUUUCACAGCUGAAGUUUUUAUCACAGCAGGAAUAACAUGAUGAGUCUUCAGGGUCUGAGCAGAGAUGAACACUGAUCUCACCACCGCCUCAGCCGUCCACCCCUGGAGUAAAAACACAUACACCUCCUCUCUGAUCCACACAGACUCUGACUCCUCUGCAUGGACCCUCCCUUCACUCCUCAGGGCUCCAAACUCUGCCCGUCUCUCCUGUGAGCGAAUGUACUCCGCUGAGGCCGACCCCUCCUCAGACCCCCAGCACCUGGACCCUCAACUGGACUUCUUCCACAAACUUGGGUACUCCACCACUCAGGUCCAGGCCAUUCAGCAGAAGUUCGGCCCCAGUGUGGACACUGAUAAAGUCCUUGGCGAGCUGGUUCGGAUAGGGGCCAGGCGGGAGGCCAAGAAGGGGCCAGUGACCACCAUGUCGGUCCUGGUGCCCAAAGGGGAAACACACGCUGGGGGGCCCAUGAUGCUGCUUCCUCUGACGGUGUCGUCUCCUCAGAAAGAGGAGAGCGGAGAGGAUGAAGAUGCUCUCAGACCGAUUGUGAUAGAUGGGAGCAAUGUGGCCAUGAGGUGAGAAACUCAAGUCAAUUAUUUUCAACUCUCUAAAAUUCUUUGUAUCUUGGUGGAAAAUUAGUAAUUCUCUAGUAAAAGUAAAUUUAAAAAAAGACAAAUGAUAACUUGGAUAAUCUCUAAAAUGUAAAGCUUUUAAGUUCCUCCUUCAAGACUUCGAAUAUGAUUUUAUAGCAACUUGAUUCUUGUGAGAAAAAUCUUGAAAUCUUAAAAAAUAAAUUUGCAUCGUGGAGACAUUUUGGAGAAAGAGAAACACCGACAUUCUCCGAAGUUCUGAUUUUUGAUUAGCAAAAAUCUCUCCCACUUUUUUUUAACACCCAGACUGUAAGGGAUGGAAAUACUUUGCUGAGGGAAACAUAAAUACAGGCUUUUUUUUUGGCAGCGUGCACUUCAUUACUCAGACUGACAUCUACCCUCCCAGCAGAGGUGUCAGCCAUAAAAAAAUGACUACUUUAUGUAAAAAAUAGUCAAGAGUCAAUAUUGAAUGUCAUUUACAAGCAAAAGCAAAAUUCCUCCCAGAAACUAUGGUGAUGAAGUUAUCAAACUACUAAUCAUUUUUAAACUUUCUGCCGUUAAAAAAAAAGAGAAGUUAAAGCUUUUCUCUGCUUUUUAUUACAAAGUCUUUUAAUUUUUUUAUCGAUUUGGAGCAAAAUCUCUAGAACUUUUUUUAAAAAUUAAACUUAAGUUUUGUCUUUCAGUUAUUUUAAGCAAAAACACACUCUCAGUUGUGUUCAAAUGUAACAGAUGUAUUUAACUAUCUCCUCAUUAACCAGUUAAUCAGAAAUAAACAGACUCAUUGAAACCUAAUAUACAUCUUCUAAUAAUUCCCCCCAAAAAAGUGUUGUGCUUUUAGUUGACUUGAGUUUGAGACUACUUUAUAAAUCUGUGUUCUUAACUUUCAUUUUCCAGUUUUAAUUGAUGUAUAAUUUAUUCACUUAUGAAGCCAAAUAGUUAACUCAUUUAUUGCUAAUGAUGGCGAUGCUUGGCAUGGCUCCGGGGGAACACUAACCGCCUGAGGACAAGGUUGAGCCGUGUUAAGUGAAGCCUUUUGUCGCUUUAUUUGCUUAAGAAAACCUCAGGCUCUUUGUUUGCAGUCAUUUGCAUUUUACAGUCAGUCGCCGUCAGAGUCCCUCCUCCCGCCGUGUUGUGGAUCAGAAGUCAUUUUUACCCGAAGGAUGAUUUUCAGGUCACGCUCUUUUACACGUGUCCAUCGAGUGGGGAAACUAGCUCCUGCUUGUGCUUUCCUGUACGCUUAAAGUGACUCACAUCGGCAGUGAAAGUAACAUCAAAACAAACAUGACCUGUCUUUAGGUAAUUAAUAUCACCUCAUGUCACCUGAUGAUUCGCUCACUUGUUUAGUUUGUUUAACAGAACAACUUCCUCCUCAUUCAUGUGUAUGUAUGUAUGUAUGUAUGUAUGUAUGCUAAAGGCGGCUACCUAACCCGAGCAGCACGGACUGAUCUGAUUGUUCUACAGCGUUUAAGUUCAUGUGUUUUCAUUGUAAACAGAAUCAACUGUACAGACUGACACACUUUUGACGACUCAAAGAGCUCCAUCACAGUAUUGCGUGCAAACAAAACUUGACGUGAACAAACUUUGACUGUAAUCAUCGCUAAAUGAGAGCGUUUAACGUCGCACGUGUCUUAAUCUUCUCAACAAGGAAGCGAGCGUACGUGAUGGUGAACACGGUCCGGGAGGACAAGGGGACGAAGGUGAUCUGUCAAGAAAAAGUUGCGAUGAUUGGACAAAUUGACGCCUGAAUUUGUGUUUUAAUAGUCACAAUCCCAACAUCAAAAUAUCCCAGAGUGACUGAUUUAUACAUAGAAACCAUUGGUGUCUAAUUAGCCAAGUAGUUAAGUCACAUGCACAAAAGCUGUAGGUCGAGUUCAACUCCAACCCAUGGCACCUCUCUUGUUUUUCACUCCUCACUCUCUCUCCAGGUUUUCUGCUCUAUCCACUGUCUUAUACUCCCUUAAUAAAGGCAAAAAAACAAAAAUAUGACUCAAAAAAAAACAAAAUUGAGAUUAGCAAAGCUCUCGAUAUUUCCGCGAUUUUUCUUCACUAUGCAUUUUUCAUCGUCAUGUCAAUAUUGCUCUAUGUUGAGCUACGCAACCACUGAACGCCAAUAGGCUGUAUCAGGUGUCAAUCAUAGCAAACAUGAACCCCCAAAUAACUUUUAAAAACGGAGCUGCACAGAUAAAAAAGAGGACUCAAGUACAAACCAGUCUUACAAUAACUACAUGUCAACAUCGCAAACGGGGGGAGAAAAAUUUAUGUUCUGAGUAACAAAUUUCUAAAGUUUGUUCACAGCCCCAUAAGCUUUGCUGGCGGAGGCGGGAUUUAUGACCUAAACUGCAGCCCUUUUAACAGAGGGUGCUGUUCUCGGAGUGGCUUCACCCAGCGAGGAGGCAGACAGCUUCUAUUCUAUAUAAAGUCUAUUGUCUGCACUCACACUACCUCCACUGCUGCCCAUAUUUUAACAUGGACAACAUGCUGCGGUUGAUAACUUCUCACCCUUUAAUGCCUGAAACCACAAAUUAUGACCAGAAAAUUAAAAUGUUUUGGAGCUGAACUGUUUUUUUUUUUUUUUUCGAAAACCAAAAUUUCCUUAAAAUUUAACAAAUAUAUUUAUUUAUCUCGUUUGAUACAUUAGAUGUUUUUGGAAACAUAAACCACAAGAGGGCAUUUUUAUCAUUUAUCAGACUGUAUUCAGGUGUUUUUUAGUAAUUUGUUGAUCAUAUUUAUUUGAUAGAAGUAUAUAAAAGUAUUUUUCAAAUAUGAUACAAAAGGCAGUUGAUAGAUCAAGUUCUUAAACCACUUUAAUGAUAAUGAUAAGAAUAAUAAUAACUUUAUUUUUAUAGCACUUUUUAAAAAAGAAGUUUACAAAGUGUUUUGACAAACAGUCAUGAAGCUCAGAACAUCAGCACAUGGAAAUAAAAACAGAUAAAAAACAACAUCUCAGUUAAAAACAAGGCCUCCAAACUGAAGGCCAGUUUCAUUUGUCAUAAGAAACCCAGACAAUACAAGAAGACUACAACAUAAAAUGAGACCAUGAGGGCCAAAAUAAAAACAUAAAAUAGUUAAGAUAACUUUCUCAGCGAAGACACUGAUCUAAGUAGGAACCCCAAGGUGUGUUUUUCCCUUUAAAUUUCCUGUGAGGAGUUUUCCGAUGUUUGCGACAUUAGAGAGGCAGAGUUUAUUCAUUUUUAUAAGACGGUCAGUUUUCAAACUGUUUUAGGAUCCCCCCAGAGGGAAUCACUGCUAUCAGAGCUCAUGUUCAAUAAUCCAUCAUCUUCAUCAUGUCAAUAUUUCUCCAUGUUCAAACACACUGACGUAUUACAAAUGAACAAAAUGUUCGAGUAAAACUUGGCUGGCGUCGUCAUGUUCAUUUUUUCUUUAGACUUUUAACGGUGUCCUCAAGAUACUCCAAAAUGUCAUCAAAACAGUAAGAAAUCAUCUUGAAGGAGCACUGGUGUAGUAGAUAGUUGUUCAUGGAGAUUAGAGGUGUUGUGAUUUACUCAUUUGGGCCCAUUAAGACGAUUUUUAUGCGUUUAAAGGAUUCUUACUCUGUUGACAAUUCUCUAUCCACCAGGUUGUCUUUAACAUUAUUCGCAGAAACCGGCAGCACGUACGCCAAAGCCUCUCCCACUGUCUGUCAGGUUUCAGGGAUUUAUCGAGCAAAAAUCCUGAGCAGGAACUUGUUACCUGCUCGGCUUUCCAGCACCACUUAGACUGAUUUAUCGACAACAAUUUCAGGAGUUCAGCCUCUGGAUACGCUUGACCUUUUCCCUCAUUCACACCCAGACAAGCACACACAGUUUGAAAUGGGUUAAAGUGUGAGACAGCCCUCAAAGUACAGUGUGUAAGCUCUGAGAACACACACCCCUCUGUCUUCUUACCUUUCCCAGCCGGGCACGCCCGUUCAGGCACGUAGCAGACAGGCAGCCUGAGUAUGCAAAUCAGCAUGUGCGCCUUAUUUCCUUGAAAUUAAUACUGCUUAUAGAGAAAAGACUCGACUUCAACAGGAACAAGCCUGACAGCAUUUCACACCCCCUUCUCUCUCAUUAGCUUUCUGCUUUCCUCAUCCUGUCGCUGUCCUGACUUCAAACUUGGCAAAACCAACAUUCCCCGGGGGCCUGUGAACACCUCAGACUGUCAUAUUUUCAACAGCUCUGCGACAGUAAAUAUGCUCAGCGUGUCAGUGUUUGUACCUCAGGUCAAAUGUUUGAAAUAACUGUUUGCUGCUGGUACUGAUUUGUUAGGACAAAGUGGAUUUUAAUGAUCUGCUGCAGAGAAAGCUUUUGUUUUAUAGCCACAAACUAGAAUCGGCGCUUUUUUUUGUUGCUGCGUUCAUCACUUGUUACAUGCAAAAAACGCUUUCCUGUUGUUUUUCUUACACUGUGUCCUUCUGAAGGCCUGCAGAGAGGAUUUUCUUUCAUACAUCUUGCAACUUGAGGAUAUAUGCAACCUUAAAAAUAAAAUUAGGCAGCCCAAUCCUAAAUCCUGCACUAGCUUCCCUACAAAUAAAACUGCUUUCUAAGAUUUUGCAUUCGAAUUAUUGUGGUUUUUCCUUUCUUGGCAGCCAAUCAGGAAAUUCCACAAUGCCACAUUGUUAUUGUAUUUUAUGACUCCUGACAUGUUUGAAGAUAUUGCAUCAUUUCACAAUGAAAAUGACUCUUAGGAUGCCUAUUAGUGAUAAAAACAGAGGAGAUUAAGAUCAUUAACUGAAUUGGGUGUAUUUUUUUUCCAUUUCCUCAUCCAUUUUCUCUGUUUUCUGUUCGUUCUUUCAGCCACGGGAACAAGGAGGUCUUCUCGUGUCUGGGAAUCCAGCUGGCCGUAAACUUCUUUCUCGAAAAAGGCCACUCUGAAAUCACAGUGUUUGUGCCCUCGUGGAGGAAGGAGCAGCCCAGACCAGAUGUUCCAAUCACAGGUAGGAAAGACGAGGAUUUCAGCGGGUUGUGUUUCCUGCGUGGUGCGGCGAUGUGGAUCACACGAACCUGCCCUCAUUUCAGAUUGAGUUCAGGGGAAGUGGAAUUUUAUUCAUGAUGAGAAAGAAAUGAAAGAAAGGGUUGGCUUCACAUAAUUGUGAUUUAGUGUUUCAUCACUGGAUUGAAAUAUAAUUUUGCAGAACUUAAAGCUAAACAGAUAAAAAAAGACGUUAAAAUACGUCCCACAGACAUAAAAACUAACAUUUCUUACGACAGAAUAGAGAUGUUUACAAUAAUAAUGAAUUGCCGACCCAGUUACAGUGGUGUUUGGUUCAUAGACCGACGGCUAAAGCUGAUUUCUGAAUAAGCAGGAUAUGGUUUCCUCUUAUGCAAGUGCUUGUUCUCAGAUUGCGCUGUUUGCCUAAGAUGGGAAAUACCCUGUGGACGUUUUUCUUGCCAAAUGCUCAGUAAAUGAAUCUUUUUUUCCGUAAUCUCUGUCGCUGUAACACAAAAGAUAAAGUCAAAGGGUUUUUCCAAUGAUUGGUGAUGCCAAGAGAUAACCAUUCAAACUGCGACCGUCAGUGGUUCUCAGAGCCGUUGGUGGCCUACAUUUGGAGGUUGGUUUUGGCUGCUAACUGCAUGUUUGCUCUCUCCAGAUGAGCUGAUUGCUCAUGCUGAUAAAUUAUUUUGUUACAGGAAGUACUUUCAGGGGCCUCUGGUUGAUAUUUAAUCAUGUUAAACACGUCUUCAGGGAAAGACCCAAAUUAAAAUGCAAAUGUGGCUUCCUGAAUUGAAAUGUCAUUAUUUUCAUGUGAUUUACCAGAAAGGAAAGACAUGAAACGAGAAAGAAAGAAUGAUACUCUUUAUUUCUGCAGCUAAACAAAUUUGAUUCAUGAAUAUAUCUGCCAGCAGCUUCACUGUUUGAGUUCAACCUCAACACAUUUCUCGGCACCUGAAUCCGAUUUAAUCAGUUAGCUGAUGACGGGUAAGCCGAGUGAAGACUCGCUCAGGUGUUAGUAUGAAAAUAAAGUAAACCAGAUUGAACAUCAGAGUGUAAAUCAAUCAUGAUGAAAACUAUGUAGCGUGUCAAUGUUUGCCAGCAGGUGAGAUGCACCUGUUGAACACUGGUUUAGACUGAUAUUGGCCUCGCUGACAGACAUUAGCACAUCAUAAUAUACAACAUCAUUUUUGGACCUGAUUUUCACCAUCGUAGAAACUUAACAGAUGAUUAAAGCUCCUGUAAGGAACUUAUUGUUUGUGUCAAUUUUGGCGCCCCCUGUGGACAAAAAUAGUCUUGCAUAUUUUGCCUUCUCCCCUUUGAUCGGUUUCAGACGUUAAAUAUUGCAUCAGAAAACUCGUCAGUCUUGUCUCAGAUGUUCUUGUUUGCUUGUAGAUAUCAUGAAAAUGCAUCAGUAUGAGCUUCAGUUUAUUGUCAUAGAGGUGAAAAAACUCUUCAGAGGAGCUUUAAAUGUCAACACUAUGAAUUAUCUCUUCAGAUCAGCAUAUUCUGCGAGACCUGGAGAAGAAGAAGAUCCUGGUUUUCACUCCAUCGCGGCGUGUCGCGGGUAAACGGGUGGUCUGUAAUGACGACUGCUUCAUCGUCAAGGAGGCCUUCGAGUCUGACGGCAUAAUCGUGUCCAACGACAUGUACCGGGACCUGCAGGUGGAGAAGCCGAACUGGAAGCGCUUCAUUGAGGAGAGGCUGCUCAUGUACUCCUUCGUCAAUAACAAGUAAGUUCUUCCUUUUGAUGUAGAGCUUCAUUUACUUUGUUUGAGGCUGUCAUUUUAUUCAGAGUGUGAAUUUCUUCGUGUUGUUGCAGGUUUAUGCCUCCUGAUGAUCCUCUGGGCCGCCACGGACCGACACUGGAGAACUUCCUGCGGAGGUUUCCAAAGAACCAGAAAAGAAAACCGUGCCCUUAUGGUGAGAAAAAGUGUGAAACACAUUUGCAUAUACCGUCAAAGUACUGGACUGUUAACCCUCCGGGGCUCUUAGGACAUGUUUGUACAUUUUUAGUGACUUUUUAACUUUCAUUUUGGCUGUGUUAAUGCAAAUGGGAAGAUUUUUUUCAGGGUUUUCUUUUUUUUUUUUUUUUUUUUUUUUUUUUUCCAAAUUUUAAAACAUGACCACCCAUUAUUAUAUCAGGUCAAUGUUCACUGUGAGACAAAAACACUUUACAUUCAGGUCCUUAGAUUAACAAAAAUGUCCAUCUCCUAAAAGUGCUUUUAAAAUAUUUUAUAUCAAUAUCAAUAAUUAUUUGGUAGUUAUUAUUAGGACUGAAGUUGAUUAAAGGAUUUAAGCAAAAAAAGUGGAAAAAAUAAUUUUAAUAUUUAAUAUUUUUAUAGCACUUUAAGGAGAUGGACAUUUUUGUCUAUCUAAGGACCUGAACGUAACUUUUUUAGAAAUCAACAAUACAUCAAGCAUGAUAAUGCAUCAAAAUUAAUGUUGUUAAUUAUUGACUCAUCAUAGACCUUGAUAAAAAAUAAUAAUAAAGAAAUUCCUGCCCAGCAUCAAAUAUAUGGAAAAUAACUCUGAAUUCCCUUUUUUCCCAUUAAAAAUAACAGUGACAUUAAAUAGUCAAACUGGCAUUUAAAGAGUUAAAAUUCUGAAAAUGAAUUAAGAUUUGAUAGAAAUGAUCAGGAAUGAAGUUGAUUAAAAGAUUUAAGCAAAAAAAGUGAAAAAAACAUUAAUGUACAAUAUUUUAUAGCACUUUUAGGUGAUGGACAUUUUUGUCCAUCUAAGGACAUGAGCGUCACUUUUUUUAAGGACCCCUGAGGGUUACAUUAUAACCAUGAUUACUCAUCGUAAAACUCCUCUGCUUUGUUUUUCUCUCAGGAAAGAAAUGUACGUAUGGAAUCAAGUGUAAAUUUCACCACCCUGAGCGAGCCAACCAGUCCAACCGCUCUGUGGCCGACGAGCUUCGAGACUCUGCCAAGCAACCCUCCUCUUCCCAGAAACAGUCCUCCCCUCGUGUCAGCCCCGUUCCUGGACAGAGCCUCUCUUUGGUGGAGGAUAUGGCGAAGAAACUGACUCUGGGUCAUGAGAGCAACCCCUCAAAGAAAGAUCACAAACAUGAACACGUGGCUCACUCAAAGGGGAGCCAUCAUCGUUCUGGCAAGAGGUCCACAUCAAGAAGAGACAAAAACAGUCAUAAGUCGUCCUCUGAUCAGGGCUCGCUGCGGCAGAGUGGGUCUCAUGAGCAGCUGGACUCUGGUUUAGGCUCUAUAGACAGUCAGCCAAUGGAGGCUCCAUGGAGUAUGUGUGAUAAGUAUGGAAGUCCUCAUCAUCCCCUCGGUGUCAGACAGCAGUACUGUGCGCCUUGUAGCUGCUGCUCUCAUGGCCCUGCCUCUCAGGGAACCACACAAGCUUUCCAGCACCACAACCAGCGCUGCGCCUCGGACCUGACCCCCUACGGUCAACCUCUUUAUGCUAGCUACAAAACCUAUCCGGUCAGCAUGCCUACGUACAACAAGCCAGUAGAAUACCAGCAAUGCAGAGUCCGCGGCCGCCAGCAGCAGUUCUGGUCGGAUCCUUUCGGGGCUCAUCCUGCAGCGGGUUGCAACCCACCAAGGGAGCACUCUCACUGGGAGAGGACUCAACCAAGUCCAGAUGACGCCGACGACGCGAGGGAAGUUGUCCGAAAGAAGCUUCUCGCCAUCUUCAGUGCCCACUUGGUGGACACAGCUAUGAGCAUGUUUCCUCAGCAGCUGGAUCCACAGAAACUCGUGGCCGAGAUCCUCGUGCUGCAGAGUCAGGACAGGUAAAAUGUAGAACCUGUCAGAACCAAGUCUUAGAGUAUGAAGACUGCAUGUGUUGGUGUUAAUUUGUAGUAUCCAUCUGGAUAAUACAGUGUUUUUGAAUGCAGAGUCACCACGUUCUCAUGAUGUGAUCAUGUUCAGAGUAGGAAACUCCAAUCCAGUUAAACCGUUAAUCUGCUCCGUUAAUCAAACUGAAAAUUUAGGAAAACAUCUGAUGAUAUUUAAUACAACCCAUCAAAGCUACUAUUAGCCAACAGCCAAAACUACCAUUGUGCCGCUUACUGUUUUAAAAUACUGUUGGAUGGGAUUCGGAUGAGUGUUCAAGUACCUUGAAUGAUCUCAGAGACAACAUAUUGUUAGUAAGGGAGUGGUUAUGAGCUAGCUUUAGCUGUUGCCUGGUGCUCGCUUAAACGUCUUCAAACCAUAGACUGUUUAUAGAAUGGACAGCAUCUGCCUCCUCACUGGGUGAAGCCACUCCGAGAACGUAGAAGGCGUACGAAGAUUGCGUAGCUCACCCGGGGAUACGCUGUUCAAUUACAGAGAGCUUUUCCGCUUCAAAUCCGUACACUAGCGGAAGGCGGAACCAAAUCGUCCAUGGUAUAUACAGUCUAUGCUUCCAACAUAUUUAUUUCUAUAUUUAAAAAGUCGAGUUUGAUAAUACCCUUCCAGUUUCAUUAAAAAAAAUGACUGUAGGAAUAGCUACAAUUUCCUUGGUAUCUUAAAAUGAUAAUAAUUUCCCCAAUAUUUUAUGAUUUUUCAGACUUAGCGGUAGAGCAACUUAGUAGCAUUUGAGCUAAUAUCGGAGGAAAAUGGCUGCUGUGUCAAUGUGGCCAAGUUUGAGUUAAUGAAACGAACUCUUGUUAGAGUUAUUAUUGUGCUGUUGAUACAAAUUGUAUCUUUAUGUGAAUAUACAAAGGGUGGACUUUGUUGCCACAUCGGAUUGAGGCAGUUACACCCUGAUACUCAUUACCUGCUUUGAAUUUAUCAGGUGCGAUAGUGUGUUGUAAGACCUGUUUUAACGACGCCCAUAGUGCUUACUUUUUAUUUGACGCUGUCAUGGAGAUGAUAAUUUAAUUAUGUGUUAUUUGUUUUUAAGACCAGCUGAAGGCUGUAUAUAAAAAGUCUUUGUGUCAUAUUGGCACUGUGCGCUGAGUUUACAGCCAAGUGUUGUGCAGGUCUGGGCGUAACAGAGCAUCAACCCGUCAUUUAAGUGUCGUAACUAAUGAGUUAUGGUGAUAAACCUUAAUAAACGCCGUACUCUUUAUUGUUGAUAACUCAGAAAAAAUGAGAGUUAGAGCUGAAAAUGCUCUUUAUAAUGGUUUAUACCUCCAGGAUUGUUCAUGUUAUGUGUUUUUGCUUUAUUUUCAUACUCAUCCAUAUUGUGAUAAGAGUGUGAGAAUUUUACAGAAGAAAAACAGCUGCCCGCAACAAUCCAAUGUGCUCCAUUAUUUAUCGUUUAAAUACUGUUAUGUCUUCAGAGGCCUGUAAUACUUUGAUUUCAGUGUUGUGUAGCAGUGUUCAUGUAUCAUUCAUGAGAUAUCAAAAUAAAGAUUUUUCAUUCACUUCUUACCUUUGACAUCACAGACACUGUGUGCGUCGCGUGUGUGCAUUUGCGUAUUUGCGAGCUGGACUUGACCUUCUUUUUGGAGACACGCAUCCUUGAAAAAAUAAUCGAAGCCUGUUUGACCAGUUGGAAACAAAAACUGAGUGUUUAUUUAGAGAGAGGGGUAGUGAGGUGUGUCCUUUAAGGUUGUUUCUAAAGGGCCAGUUUGAUAACGGCUGUGAUCCCUGUCGCACCGAUCAGUGGGUCAAUGGCGCAGAUGAGUCAAGACUGAAGAAGUUUCACCAAAAUCACUUCAGAAAACGCAGAAAUAUUUCUUAAAGUAAUAAAACUGAUUUAUGGAUGUGUUCGUAUCAUUUUACUGCAGGUCGAUCAAGGUGCAGCUCACGUUUAAAAAUGCUGGGUGGUUUCAUCCACAGCAGUGCAGAAGUAGUAAUUAUAUCUUUUGCAUAGAAAAGACUCACAUAAUUGCUGAUAAGUCGAGGGUUCAACAGUUUAUUAUGAAACAAAAGGCUUUGCAAUUACUUAAGCAAAUAACAGGGACCUCACAUGUGUAUUUAGACAUAAUGUGUAGUCAUUUCCCUUCUGACUACAUGCAAAUGAGUAGAGGAAUGUGUGCAUGUACUAACCGGUUUGUUGCAUUUGCAUAACAGUGAUGCAUGUUGUCUGUAAAACAUCUGUUCUGUACACAGAGACUCCAGGUCAUCAGAGGUGUAGAUGAAAACAAAGACUCGCUCUCUGACACACACAUACGCACACACAGCUAUAUCAAUUUCAGUGUCAUGUGCCCUAAAUGAGGUCAGAUGUGUUUGCAGCAGGAUCAAAUAAUGAAAAUAUGUCAGAUGACUAAGGAAAAACAAGAGGAGUUUAUUUUGAAAAGCAGGUGACAUUUGUAAAUCAUCACGAGAUAGUGUGACAUCCACCUACAUAUCAUAACUUAACAGCUAGUUUGUUUGUAGGAGGUAGGUGCUGAACGUUGUAAGCUGUGUGGUCAGUGUGUUACACGUGCAGGGAACUCAGUGAACACAAACAACAGGCAGCUGCAAGACAAAAUAAACUGAAACGGCUUGAGUCCAAAGCUUUAUGACUCAUUCACGGAAACAUUUCUCCCACAUGAACUCGUCUUAGACUUCCCCCCUAUUAGGCGCGAAUUGUUAAUGACUCAACUCAAAGCAACACACUCAGAUAUGAGCGCCUUAAAUAGAGCGUGGAACAAGGAAGUGAUUUCUUUCUUUAAUGUCAGCGGCAUCAUCAAAGUCACACUGGGAAAAUGGAAAAACCUGACAAAGCACUUUUAGCUUGAAAGAUUAUCCGUUGACCUUAUGGGGGAAAAAACAGAUCCGGAAUAAACCAGGUGCUUCCUUGAAGUGCUUCACAAAGAUUACUGUAUUUCCACUCCGCGUGGGUCUCUGACUCCUGAUUUCUUCUAGUUUUUGACAGUGGAAGUAUAAAACCAGGUCUACGCCUAACUCUUCGUUUUACGUUCAAAAGUGAGGGUGGAUGCUGGGAUUUAAACUGAAGACGUGUUUGUUGUUCAACAACAGUGUAACCCAUCACACCCCUCCACUCUAUGUCCAAAUUAAAUGUAGUCUAGUUUGAUUCAAAAGUUACCUUAGAUAUUGAAAUUUUAAAAUAGCAGAAAAAAAAACAUAUACAGGGUUAUAAAUAUAAAAUGUUAUACAUCACAGAGAGUCACAGUCAAGGUGGAGAAGCUUCAAUAUUGUUAUCAGGUGUAAAUGAAUCAAUACAUAAAUGCAAUAAUUAAUUGUUUGAUACAUAAGUAAAAAAUUGAUUAAUUAAAUAUUAAAAAUCACAGAAAAAGUACAUGAAAAUUAAAGAAAAUAUAUGGAAAACUCAAAUAACAUAAGUAAAUAUAUAUAAAUAAAAAAAUUACAACUGAUUAAUUAAAAAAAAUUUAAUUGAUAAAUAAAUAUAGAUCGAUGAAUAUGAAAACAAAAAUAAAAGAUAAAUAAAAACAAAUAUAUAAACAAAAAAUAGCAACAGAUAAAUCAUGAAAUGAAAAAAUAAAUUAAUAAACAUUAAAAAACAAAAACAAAUGAGUAAUUAGAUAGAAAUAAAAAAAAAUUAAAAAACAGAUAUAACCUCUGGUUACCCAUUCGCGAAUGUUCAGGGUUGAAUUCUUACGUAACUCUCAGUGAAUGAAAUUAUUGUGUAGCUGCAUGAUUAAAAGCAUUAACAGAGGCAGGACGGCUCUGAGUGACAGGACACAACAUGAUGUUUAGGCGUUACCCGAUUUUAUGCAACCCUCCGAGCCUGACUUUGGCUGUUUUUCAAAACAAGCACCUGUAAACCCUUAAACUGAGCUGAGAAGGGACAAAACGCUGAAUAUUAAUCCUUGGAAUAACAUUUAUGUUGUCGUCCAUCUAUACUCUUGUUUUCAAGUUUACAAUAUGCAUGUUUCUGAAUAACCCUUCAUUGUACAUUUAGCCGAAAUCAUAUUUUCAUUUCUUAAAUAUCAGUUGUAAUUGUUUUAAACUAAUCGUCCAGGAUGUUUUGACCUCACCUGACACACAGCAGAUAACCUUGAGGGCUUUUAGGUAAAAGGGCUGGACUGACAUACUCUAGCUGGACACACUGUUCCGCUCACAUUUGUUUAAAAUGCCAACCUUAAGAAUGACUCAUGUUCUGUCUGCGCCUUAACAUAAUAUGCAAAUUCUCUGGCUGGAAUACUUCACAGGAUAUGCUUGACUGCAAGUAUGCUCAAGUCAAGACGUGGCGUGCUGUUUCUAGAGUUCAGUUCAGUGCUAGAAGAAUGAUAAGAUUUUUGACUGCAGUGAAAAGUCUGUAGAAAUACUCUGUCACAACUGAGUGUCCUAAGAAAAAUAUCAGAUUAGUAUGAAAAAGAUUUGAGUGAAAUACAUCGAGACAUUAAAUAUCAUAGAUCUCAUCUGUUUUUAUGCCAAAUCUCUGCAUCAGUUUACAUCUUUUUCAAGCAGCUUUUUCUGUCUCACUGUAGCUAUAUAACUUCACUUUGUUCAAUGAGACCGGAACUGAACAGAGACCAUCUACGAACAGUCCUGAGGUGAUCAUGUAGGGUGGCUGUGGCUCAGUGUUAGAGUUGGUUAUCUCCCAAUCAUAAUGUUGGGGGUUCAAUCCCAGGUCUGUCAACAGGCCGAGGUAACCUUGGGCAAGAAAACAUUGACCCCACACAGUCAGUGUGUGACUAUGGUAAAUGUUAAUGGACUUUAUACAUACCAGCCUCUGCCAUCAGUGUGUUAAUGUGACAAAUAAUGUAGAAAAUAAUAAUGUAGUAAUGUAAUGUAGUAAAUAAUGUAGGUCAGAAGACUUGAGAAAAUGCUGUAUAAACAUUGUCUAUUUACUUAUGUAUCAUGAAGGGUUCACAUGAGCUCCAUCUUUUUUUCUAAAUGGAGAUCUGCCACUUCACAAUGUGAUGUAAUGUACACUUUAUAAUGUAAUGGUGCUGCCCCCUGCUGGAUAUAUGCUCACCUGUAACUGCUUUUGAGCUCGAGAGACUCAUGGAUAAUAGAAGUUGGUCUCAUAAUUUACUGUCAACCCCUACCUCCUUGACUGAAAAAAAAACAUUAUUAAAUGUAGUAGGCCUAUAUCACCAUAAGUCACCCAUUCAUGAAUAAAAAAUACUGGAUUUAUCUACAUAUGUAUCUCUAACAGCAUUAACAGUAGAAGCAGGGGUGGAAAGAAAUGAAUUACAGUCACUCGUGGAUAUUGGAUAUCUACCUAAAAACUAACAAAUUUGUCUAUUUUCGAGUCUAAAUUAAGAAUUGCACUUAAUAUAAACUACAUAUACUUGACAGGUCGAAUAUAAGUCUUGUUUUGAAAUAAUUCAGGCCAAAUCUUUCUUGUGAAGUCUCGGGAAAUAAGGUUACCCUGAGGGGUGCAGAGCUAAAAUCACUUUUAACCAACAUGAAUUGAUACACAGACAAGUAGUUAAACCUCCAUUUAAUGCCGUGAAGGUAAGUGUACUUUUCCUCAAGUUGAAUAUUUUAAUACUUUACAUAAAGUCAAAGUCGUAAGGUUAAUUUCAAAAGCUAGCAAAGCUGCUUUACAGCAUUUUAUUUCAGGAAACUUCAAUACCCAGAAGCCCAAUCGAUGUUGCGCGUGCGCAAUUUGGAGUCGGUAUCAUGACGCUGAUAUUGUUGUCUUAACCCAGUUACUGUAGCUACUGCUCCGGCUUGUUCGUGAAAACUAGUGAAUUUAUGUUGCAGUUAUGUAGCACACAGAAGGAGGACUUUACCCCGCUGGGAGCAGCUAACACCAGCCGACCUGACAGCAUUUUUAUUCGGCUUGUUUCACUCGGCCUUAUGUUUUUUUUAACCUGCUAGCUAACUAGCUAGUUAGGCUAGCAAACAAGCUGCUGUGAGUUCUGCGAUGAGCUGCUGUUUGUUUUCUCGUCUGGCCGUUUGAUAAACCCGGACUACAUUUGUUUUGAGUGUAGUUUGGUGAAGAAAACACUCUGAAUUUUCCCCUCUUCAUGCUGUUGUCUCCAGCGGGUGUUCAGCUAAGAUGUGGCAAAGUGUCGGGCUCACACUGCUGGUCAUUGUGGCCACACUGGUCUGCGCGCUGCUCUUCAUGCUCUUUGGUAAGUUUUCAGGACAUAACCUUGAUAACUCACUUAUAUAACCAGCUAACUCCCUCUGGAGCUGCUUUAGCUGACUGUUGUCAUCAGUGUGGGGAUCUAAGGGGCUGUCUUACAUGAGUAAACGACCAAGAAAAAGCUUUAAAAGCCACAUUUUCCUGACUCACUACCUCAAAGUAUUCUUGUGUUAAAGGCCAGAGUGUAUUAAAUUUCUCAAAUCAGUAAGUUUUGAUCCUGGGGAUCUAUUUUUAACAUGUGCAGGAGGAGUCUGGCAUGUGUUGGUAAGGAAACAUGGCUGCUCUUUCUGAAAGUCUGCAGGUGCAGCUCCAGCUCUGUUAUUUACCAAACUAUGCCUCCUCUGCCUGAUAAAAAUAAAUAAAUAAAAGUUUUAUACAGUCACUCUGGUUGGAAAAAAUUGACCAGGAAAUUCAGAGCAGGGUUAAUAAUAGAUUAAAUUACCAACAAUAUAGAGUAUCAGAAGAAAGAACACAGAUAUUUCUGGAUAACACAGACAGUUUUUUUUUGAUUAUUACCCUGUAGGUAUAACCACUAAUGUACAACUGUGCUUUGUAAAGAUGGAAUAAUCACAGCUUCUACAUACUGUCUGGUUGAAUGUUUGGUUACUGAAGGUAAAGAUCCAGAAAUGAAAAUUUUGCACGCUAAUAUAAAAUAUUUUUUUAUGUGUACGAUGAAAUGUCAAAUUUAGUUCACUGUCUGAUGUCUUUGUCAGUGUUGAAACUUUGGAAAUUGGUUUAAAGAUAUACUUGUAACUUUAACACUAGACAACUUUUAGAUCUGAACUCAUGAUGAAACUGAGAGAGACAACACACAAGGACAGUUUCAACUUACAAUUUCUUUGUUUUAGAUUUAUUUUUUGGCUUUUAUUGACAGAUAGAGGAGGAUGGAUGGAGCAGGAAACAGGAAAGGGUGGAGAAGGACAUGCAGGAAACCUAGACACUGUGCUUAGACCUCGAGGCCAUCAGUUUCGGCCAGUUUUUAACAUAACAGUACUCUGAAAAAACACACUGGAUGAUUUCAGGCAGCUAGAUCACACUCUCAACAUUUGCAGCAACCAGAGAGUAAAUUCUUCAUAAAGCCACGUGUCUCUGAGGUUAUUGAGUAAUGACAGCAAAUUUAAGAAAAAAAGGGUUUGGUUUUAAAAUUUGUCCCCUGUCUUUUCCUCUCAGGCUGGUAUGUAGUCUGGCAGCUCUUCCUGUCCAAGUUUAAGUUCCUCCGUGAACUUGUCGGGGACGCCAGCACCCCACAGGCCGAGUCCCAGCCGUCCGAAACCAAGAGUGAACGCACUGCUAACCCCCCGACACGAAAUCGGCCCAGGACCGCACGCCAAAGAGCCACAGCUGCUGAAGGCACUUAG